GAAAUACUGACAUCCUCUCUUCUGUUUUGUUAUUAUUGUGUAUUGUUGACGUCAUCAAAUCAAUGACGUGCAACGCUUUUUAUAACGAGAACCCUAUAAAUCAAGUCAACAAACUGACCAUCGCGAAGAACUGAAGAAGUUUCAAGGAAGGAGCUGUCAUGCCAGAACAUGGUCAAGGAAGUCUCAGCUCAAACCGACUUCAUUCCGACCGCCCAUGUACCGCUCUCGAACGUAAGUUCAGUGCCACAAAGAACCAGCUUAAUAAACAAAGUGAGAGAGUCGAAGAAGUUCUUUCCUGGUGUCUUAUUUUACCCAAGAGAUAUCCCAACUUCGCUAACUGCUCUUGAGCACGCGAGAUGCUUAAACGCGUUGAAAUUGUACCAGUCAGGUGUACCGCUCAAUACCCUAAACAAAGCGCAACAGGAGGACGUAGAAAUCUAUAAGACUCUCCAGUCGAAAAUACAGGAGGAGCAUGCUAAAUUUUUAGAUUACGUUAGGAAGGAUUGGCAAAAUUCGGAGUGGCGAUUGGAGGAUAUUAAAAUAGUCUUUUAUAAUUACGCCCAUAGCCUAUGGAAAUUGAAGUUGCGAAAAGCCCUUACGUAUUCUCGAUUUUAUAAGUUACAUAAAGAUGUGCGAUUGGUUCAAGAUGAUGCUGAUCAUUUAAUAACUAAGGUGGUCAUUGAAAAAAAUGUGCUCAGUUUUGGAGCGCCAACUACUUUUGCAUGUCCUACUCUUGUUUCUAAAUGUGUUCUCAAAAUUACCCAUUUGCCUACAUUUGAAGCAAAGUACACGUACAACUCCAAACUGCCAGUGAGUCAAGACGCUAACGUUAUUGGCAUUUUGAAAACACACGAUGUUGAUGUUGUGAUCUCCAUGAGUGGCAUUAAGCGGCUCAUGGACGAUUCGGACCAUAACAAAGUUUGGAGUAUACCGUUUGUUGUAAAAGAAACCAACAACGGUCGCACCUCCAAAAAUGUUGUUUACAUCGACAAACCUUUACCUUUGCAAUGUCCCACCAAACCCGAUUUCGUAGAGCAGUGCCACAAACGGUUACUAAGAACGAAUUUUUGUGUUGAAACUGCGGAAGUUGUAAAUAAUUUGGAGGAGAAAAUACCAAACUUCUACCACUCCAAUAUGUCUCCAAGUGACACAAAGAAUGUCUAUGGCCCCUGUGCGUGCAAUUACAGCAUCUGGAAUAUACACAGAAAUAGUGAGGGAAAUGUUUUGUUAAAAACCAGAACCGAGGAAAAGAAUAUCAAAUUUCUUUUGCGUCAAAAAAUUGACACGUACGAGCAUUUACCUGACGGCAAUAAGCGACCUAUAAUUCUCACCCCGAAAUUGGAGUAUCAGAUCGAGCAUGGUGCAUCAAUAUGCACCAAACACGAGCUUGUGAGACAGUGGGCGGAUCUAUUUUUCAGACCGUUCUCUCAGUUAUACAGAGUUCGCAUAAAGGCAGAUAAUUCUGAAGUUGUACACAUAGAGGGCGUUCCUAUGCAAAAAAUAAAUAUGGAGGCGAUGCAGCAUUACCAGUACAAACCGCACGAGCGGCUUGGCGCGCUUUUCACCAUUUUCUCCCAGUUGACAACGUUAGAGCAGGGCAAUUACGUAUUACGGCAUAGUGGGCGAACUGGCGCCUUCGGCGAGAUACUCAAGGAAACUUCGGAACUGGAUGGUAAUGUUAAGUUGGAUUUACACAAAGAAUACAGCGCAGGAAACUGUAGCGUGAAAACUGCUAGAAAUCGACCGUGGUGUCCCAUCGACGUUAAUUACGUGCUACACGUUCAUAGUGUAAGCAAAAGGAUGCCCGGCAUGUUUAAAUAUUUCCAGGGUAGAGUGACAAAUCUAAAAAAGAACAAGAAGCAAAAAAAAAAAGAAUGGAAGAACAGGAAACAAAGCCCCACCUGAAAAACGAUAAAAUAGAACACCUUUCUUCUGUAUUUUUUUGUUUAUUUUCAGCCUUAAAUAUGUGUAAGAAAAUACAAUAAAAUUAGAGGACUAUUUCAUUAGAGAUGAUUUUUUGUUAAUUAUUUUUUUCUCUUUAAAGAAAACCACAAUUCAACUAUUACUGUUCAAAAUAAAAUGUAGUUAAAAGUUA